GUGCCUAUCCCCAACCAGUUGGGAAUAGGCUUCAACCCUAUUCCCAACCGGAUGGAUGGGUCAAAUAAGGUCAAACCCUAUUUACAGUCAGUUGACUUCCGGUCUAUCCCCAGUAUAGACUUCCUGCCAAUCCCCCCUGUUGACCGGAAGUGUUGCUAUAUAAAAGGCCAGCGUAAACGUGACCAUGGCAUUUUAUAUAAUAAUCAAUUAUCCUCUGGUCACUUUCACUAUCAUUUAUUUAAAAAAAAACAUGGAAGGAAAAUCAUUCACAAAUUUUACUGAAUUCAAGGAAUUUAUCAAGAAGCAUGAAGAGGAACAGCAUGUUUUGUUUGUUACUAGUGGUUCUAAAAAGCUUAUCAAUGGACAUCCAGCAAAAGAAUCCAUACAGUAUGAGUGGCUAAAAUUAGUGUGCAAACAAGGGAGAGCCACAAAACCAACAUCGAGUAAAGGCAUCCGGCCGAAUCAAAGGUCAUGGAAACAUGAUUGUGGUGCAGUGAUACGUGCUGUGAUAAGGCAUUCAGAUGUUACUGGCUACCAGUUUGUCAUCACAAAGGCAAUAUUGUCACAUGAGAAUCACCCCACAGAUCAUUUGACUGCACUUGUGUAUCCUGAAAAUAGAAGAAUAAAGCCUGAUGAAACCGUGGAUCUGAUGGUUGGCACCAAAAUACCGCAGUCAGAAUUGCGACAAAUCAUCUUGCAGAAACAGAACAAGUGUGUUCUUGGAAAGGAUGUGGAAAACUACAGAAGAAAACUGAAAGACCCCUGCACUGACAGUGAAGGAGUAGAGAAAAUACUAAAUAGUAUAAAGGUUGGUGGUGGAAUGGUGAAGUAUGGUGUGACACCAGAAAAUGAAUUUUUGUAUUUGGCAUACAUGACCAAGGAAAUGAUAGGUUCACUUAAAGCCAACAAAACCAUAUUGAUAAUAGAUUGCACUUAUAAAGUCAAUGAGUAUUUAUUUCCAUUGUUGAAUGUUAUGUGUAUUGAUGCCAAUGGUAAUGGUGUACCUGUGUUGCAUGCUUUUGUAAGGAAUGAGAGUGUUGAAAUUUUGUCUGAAUGUUUGAGUGUAUUACAUGAUGUGUGUGUGGAGCCUCAAAUUUUUUUUGUAGAUAAAGAUUUUAGUGAAAUAGGUGCUAUCAAACAAUGUUUUCCUCAAUCUUUAAUUCGCCUAUGUUCAUUUCACACAAUGACAGCAGUAAAAAAGUAUUUAAAUACAAAUGUCUCAAAGGAAUUAUCCAAUAAAAUUUUUGAUCUAUUUAAAGAACAAUCUUAUACAUUGAGUGAAGAAGCAUUUGAGUUGUUAAAAGUUGACAUCAUUUCAGCAUGUCCCAGUGUUGAAAGCUACUUUCAAAAUAAUUGGUGGUCAAUUUCUGACAUGUGGGCAGCAUGUAGAAAUACAGAUGUUGCAUCUCUACAUAUCACAACUACAAAUCAUGUAGAAUCCUAUCAUUCAAGGAUAAAAAAGCACCUAGAUAGCCACACAACACUCUCAGUAUGUGUAACUAAGCUACUUUUGUUUGAUUCAGAUCUAUCUAAAAUAAAAUCAGCACAACACCACAUUCACAAAAUAACUAAACAUUAUUCUACACUACCAGACACACAUUUGCUUACUUUGUACAAGAAUAUAUUAACACCAUUUGGAGCAGAGUUAGUGGGCCAUCAGAUUUCUUUAUUUAAAAGAUGUAACUACAACAUAGUUCAAAAUGAUACUGACACAUCAUUUUUUUCUAUUUCUAAUACUUGUAAUUCUAAUGAUACCAAUUCAUAUGUGGUUAGCAUGGAUUCUUGCAAUUGUAUUUUCUUCACUAAAUUUUUAUUGCCUUGCAGACAUAUUCUUUCUUUGAGACAUAAACUUUCUUUAGAAAUGGUUUUUCUUCCUGAUGGGUGCCAUUUCCAAAAUAAAUCAUUUAGGGAUGAAGAAUUUGAGGACAUAUCAUCUAUCUCAACUAAUGUAAUUUAUCCAACCAUUAGUGCAAAGACAGCAGAAGGGCGAUUUAAAAUUGUUAAGGACCUGACAAAUGAACUAAACUGUCUGUAUCAGAAUAUGGGGGAACAACAUUUUUUAGUAAAGCUUGAACAGUUAAAGACAUUUAUUUAUCAUAUCAGGGCCAAUAAGGAAUUUGUUAUUACUAAUGUGUCUGAGGCCUUAGCUGAAACAAAUAUUAGUUUGAAUGGUGGGUGUGUUGAUGCAGAGUUUGUUCCAAUUGCCUCAACUUCUCAGGCCUUAGCUGAAACAAAUAUUAGUUUGAAUGGUGGGUGUGUUGAUGCAGAGUUUUUUCCAAUUGCCUCAACUUCUCAGGCCUUGGCUGAAACAAAUAUUAGUUUGAAUGGUGGGUGUGUUGAUGCAGAGUUUCUUCUAAUUGCCUCAACUUCUCAGGCCUUGGCUGAAACAAAUAUUAGUUUGAAUUGUGGGUGUGUUGAUGCAGAGUUUCUUCCAAUUGCCUCAACUUCUCAGGCCUUGGCUGAAACAAAUGUUAGUUUGAAUGGUGAGUGUGUUGGUGAAGAGUUUGUUCCAAUUAAUCGUGCUCAACCCUUUGUGGUUCAUAAUAGUGAAAACAAUCUGUCUGGUAGUGAUAUUGUUGACUCAUCUAAUUUUACAACUGAUACAUUUAGUAAUGUAAUGUUGAAAAAAGUAAAAACUAAAGGAAGACCUAAUAAUAAACAACACUUCACAAAGAAAAAAAGACUAGGUUUCCCUUACAGCUCGGUUAGUAAAAAACUUAAAAUUGUUAGCAGUACUGAAAAAGAAGUGGUAGGUAAUGUUAAAUGUUCCAGUGCAAAUGAUGUGAAUGUUUUUGUUGAUAACCAUGUUGAAUGUUUAGAAAACAAACGUAAUGGUGAUGAAUGUGCUGAAUGUGGACUGGAAGAGGUUUCAAAAGAGAAUUGUAUAGAUGGGAAGUUGAUGAACUGGAUUGGUUGUAUGGUGUGUGAUAGGUGGUUUCAUGAGUUCUGUUUAUCAAGUAAUAUUUCUGUAGAUUCAUUUAUUUGUAAAUUUUGCAAUUAAAAUGUUAGAAGUGUUUUAAUACAUAUUAACAUUUAAGUCUAUUUGUUAAUUUAACUUUCACUUCAUAAGACCUAUCUUGAGCAUUAAAAGUGUAACAUAAUUCUACCUUUAAUAUAUAAAUGUACUAUUGUAUCAGUAAUACUACCAUUCAAUAAUGUGCUAUUUACUCACCAUAUAUUUGUUAUAAUGCACUUUUUUUAUCAAACACAUAUUAAAUUGCUUACAUAAGUUUAUAUAUUAAAUAUUGACUUUGAUAUUGUUUAGCUGAAUAUAUGUGUAAUAUAUUUUUAGCUGUAACAAUUAAAUGUAAUUUUGUACUGGCAUUUUAAUUUUGUAGAUAUUUUUUCUAUUAUUUUACCAGUUUUAUUUAUCAAUUCAUUUUGAUGCAUAUUACAUUGUUUACAUGUAUACUUAUAUACUGACUGAAAAUGUUAUGUAUUAUUAUAUGUUAUAUAUUUCUAGCAGUGAUAGUCGAACAUAAAAUUUCUUCUAUUACUUGCUUUAAUAAAUUAUG